CAUCGCGUUAAAAGCAUUGGCGCUUUCUUUCAACAAGCAAAAACUACGGGAGGGGCCGUUCCUGCCCGCGGGCCAAUCAAACACCACAGAACCACCGGUGGGGACGGUGAUGGGGGAGACGAGCUGUCACUCAACGUGGGGCGGGAUCACCUCAGGGAUUGCUGCGCGCGCGCAUGCGCUCUUCCCGCUUCAGACGUGCGGCCGUUGGCGCAUGCUCGUGCUGCGCAGUGCCGUUGUGCUGCUGGCCGCGGGCUCGCAUCUCUGCUGUAGCUUGGAUCCCCUCCUUCCCCCCGUCGGAAAGGAAUGAGCGGGCACGCAGAGGUUAAAGUGAAAAUACCUUUUGGAAACAAACAACUGGAUGCUAUCUUUAAUGUCCCAGAGAAGAAAUUAAGAUAUGGAGUGAUUCUUACCCAUGGAGCUGGAGGAGAUAUGAAUUUCCCUCAGUUAGUUUCUUUGGCAGCCUACCUUGCAUCACAGGGAAUUCUGUGCCUGCGGUUUACUUGUAAAGGCCUUAACAUUGCUUAUAGAACUAAAGCUUACAAAACAGUUGUGGAAUACUUGAAGCUUUCUGAUGAUUAUAAGCUUUCAGGUGUCUUCCUUGCAGGCCGUUCUAUGGGCUCACGAGCUGCUGCCUCUGUGAUACAUCAGCUGACCCAGGAUGGUAAUAAUGAUGACUUCAUUCAGGGUCUGAUUUGCUUAUCAUACCCUUUGCAUCGACCAAAACUGCAGUCCAAGCUCCGGGAUGAAGAUUUAUUAUUUAUCAGGUGCCCGGUGCUGUUUGUCUCAGGAUCAGCAGAUGAGAUGUGUGAAAAACAAUUGUUAGAACGCGUGGCAAGCAAAAUGAAAGCCCCUAAAAAAAUCCAUUGGAUUGAUAAGGCAAACCAUGGGAUGGCAGUUAAAGGCCGAACAGAAGAUGAUGUCAUGGAAGAAAUAAAUGUACAAGUUUUUUCUUGGCUUAGAGAGAAUAUUGAACUGGAGCACCAAUGAUUUGCAGUGGUUGAGUAAUAUCUUCAGUUGGCUUUUCCGAAAUGCAACACAUCAGCUGGAGAUGUGUUUUUGAAAGCAAGUAUUUUCCAAGACUAAAAUGUAAAUAUUUUUUUAUGAAUAUAAAAAAUAUACAAGACAAUAAAGAACAUUUUAAAGGAAAGAUGGAAAAUCUAUCAAAUUAGUCUGAACAGUACUGUUUUUAGUAACUCCAUUUGAAAAGUAUGUAAUAUUUAAUGUUCCGCAUUACCAAGUAAAUAUCGUUGAUGUCUUUUAUGUAUUCAAAUAUUAUUUUAAAACCAAAUUUUUUGAUGCAUUUAUCAGCUGAAUUAAUACGUGUGAGCUGAAAUGGCUGGGUUGGUCCUGAGAAAAGCAUCUUGAUGCUGUCUUCUGAGGUGAUUGUCUCAUCCCCAUUGCCAAGAGUUCCCCAAAACCUCUUUUGGUUUUGAAAAGUUAAGCAUGUGAACCAGAUAUAAUAGUCUUUCAUCACAAGAUGCCUCAAGAAUGCUGAUAAUCCCAACAAUAACAUGCAGUAAGCGUGGUACAUAUCUGAAUGUUUACAGCCAAUUUCUAAAGGAACAUAAAAUAGCCUUACGGGUUUGAAGGUGGCAGUGUUACAGAGAAAAUAAAUCCUCACUUUUGAUGGGGGAGUUAUGUUCAAACUUGAGAACUGGAUGAAUUUAAACUCAACUUUACAUCUGUCAGAACAGAAUUUGGAGAUGAGGUUGGUAUAUUCGUAAGUUCAGCUCCUUAAUAUCUGUGGAAAAACAGCUCCCUCAGCCUUUUUCCAUAAGGAGGGGCGCUCCAGCCCUCUGAUCAUCUUCGUGGUUGUCCUCAGCACUUGCUCAGACAGCUCCUUGUCCUUAUGCUGGGGGCCCCAGAGCUGAAUCUAAGCAUCUAUCUCCCACUCACCCCCUUCUCCACCCUCUUCCAAGUGAUGCAGCAGAACAUGUUAUGGAGACUAUCAUUAGACCCUAACGUUUUGUUCCUUCAACUCUACCACAGUGUUUCUCUGCUCUUACUCCAUAUAGAGUCCCUCCCAUGAAAUGCCAUCCUUCCCAAACUGAUCCUGAGUGGGUUUCCCACAGGCUGCAGCUCUCCAGGCACUGUUCCAACAUGGCUCCAUAGCAUGGGGCCCACUGUGCAGGAGUGGUCUGCUUCAGCGUGAGUCCUCACAGAUGGCAGCUCCCACA